GGCCGGCUGGCCCGCCCCCAAGGUGUGGAAUCUCAGGGUUGUCGGAGUUAGCCACGAGAAUGCGUCCUGCGGAGUCCGCCCUGGUGCCCGGGGCUCUCGAGAAGUGACAGCCUGUGGGCAGUGGACCCCUCCCCCCAGCCACCCUUCUUUGGCUGUACUGGUGUUUCCCAGCAGCCUGGAUGGUCACUCAUCUGUAUGGCCCUCGGGGGGUGCCCUUGCACACUCAGUGUGCCCUAAGGCUUGUAAGUGCCAGGUGAUCCACUUUGGGGUGGAAUUUUAUACCCUAGGAAAAUGUAUAGCCCUGAAACAGGAGGGAGGUCUCUAAGUCUCUUCAGCCACUUGUGCUUCCGUGGAAACUAAGUUUUAGGUUCCCACAGUAUCAGUAGCAGAGAUUUUCUGGAAGAGGUAGGUCUGAAUUUUGGGGUGCCAGAGAGCCCAGGCUGCACCUUUCUGGGAGUUUCAGCCACUUGAGUUUUGCAGGACAAGUAGAAGCAGCAAGGGCUACUCUCUGCUGCUCUGUUGCCUCCUGACUUGUGUCUAGAGUGGAUAUACGGUUGAGCCUGGCGGAGGCGAUGGAGCCGCCCAGACCUUUGCUUUUCCAGCCUGAGUGGGUGGUCUAGGGUUCCUUGGUGAGCUGGGGCCUGCGUGACCACUCGUGCCUCCUCUGUAAGGCCGGAUUGGCCCAAGGGGGCAAGCGGUAGGUGAAGGAUUCCUAGACCCAAGUCUUCCCAGCCAGCAGGACCGGGGAGAGGCCUGAGAUGGGGAGGGGUCUGGUCUUUGACUUAAUAUCUGGGAUCUCCUUCUUCAGGCUCCAAAAGAUGCCCUCAGCCAUCUCUCAUCUGUCCUCCAAAACUGUUUUCCUAGUCAGUGCUGUCCCCUGGUUGGCAGAAAUGAGGCAGGCAGCCAGCAUCCCUGGCUUUACUGAGGCUUGACCCUCCCCCACCAGGCGCACACGCAUGCACACACACACACCCACACACACACACACCUUUGAUCAGGAGGUGAUUGGCUGUACUUGUGCUGAGUUCAGGCCUUCUGCAGAGGGUGAAAUCUGUCGAGGAGGCACUUUUCAGCUCCCAGCUGCCACACUCUGCACUUUCUGUGUGAUCUCAGGAAGUCCCCGUUGUCAUUGUGCUCCGCAGUCAGGUUCGGGGGGUCCUCUCCGGGCUCUGCGGGCGUGGGUCAGCCUGUAGAGACUGGCUGUCCUUUCGUGGUGACCUCCUGCCCUUUGAUCUGGAAGGAUUCUUGCUUCCGGUGCUCAAGGUAGCUUGGCUCUGGGGAGGCGACUGCUGCUUCUUCCCCAGCCUCCUGUGCACGCAGCCUCACCUCCCGGUGCGAGGGGGGGCGUGGUGAGCCCGGCCCUCCGCGCCCACACUUCAGCUUCCCUAAGAUAAGUAGGGAACUGUCCAUCUGCCCCACCCCACAGUUGCCUCAAGCGCUCACAGCCUUCCCCGGAAGGGGCUGCUGCCCGCCUUGUCGAGCGGUCCCCCUUCCCCCUGCAUCUCACAUGGGAAGGACGGGGUGGACUGUGGGGUCCAAGGAUCCGACGGGUGCUGGCUGAGUGGGGAUUCUCCAGACUAGGUGUGCAAAAAUGUCCCUGGUAGGACUUGAUUUGGAAAGCAACGAGUGACUUGUUAGUGCUAGCAGGGGUCUUUGCUUGUGUUCCCUGGCCCUGGGUAGUGGGUGACCAGGGCCUGGCUCCUGGCGGCUCUGCUGAGCAGGCCCCUUGGAUGGCGAGUGUGGGGGCCUUGUGAAAUACCUGGGGUGGGCGGGGCAGGGGCACCAGUGCUGCAAUGCCGAGCCAUUGGCGGUUACUCCAUCUGCAGAGGAGGCCAGCUCCUCCGCUGACCGCCUGCCACCUGGGAGGGGAGAGGACUGCGGAGGACCCCUGACUCCGGAGCCAGAAAUAGUUGGAAGAUCUUUCCCAACCUUAGAAGUUUCUGGAACUACUCUCUGCCUGAAACCCCAGGGGAACGGCCCCUAAGCCUGUGGAGAGCAAAGGGCUUUGUCCCAGAGUACCUGCUCACUGUGCCCCCGGGUUAUGACGACCCCUAAUAAAGGAAACAAGGCCUUGAAGGUGAAGCGGGAGCCGGGGGAGAAUGGCACCAGCCUGACGGAUGAGGAGCUGGUGACCAUGUCCGUGCGUGAGCUGAACCAGCACCUGCGGGGCCUGUCCAAGGAGGAAAUCAUCCAGCUGAAGCAGCGCCGGCGCACGCUCAAGAACCGGGGCUAUGCCGCCAGUUGCCGGGUGAAGCGGGUGACCCAGAAGGAGGAGCUAGAGAAGCAGAAGGCGGAGCUGCAGCAGGAGGUGGAGAAGCUGGCCUCUGAGAAUGCCAGCAUGAAGCUGGAGCUCGAUGCCUUGCGCUCCAAGUACGAGGCCCUGCAGAACUUUGCCAGGACAGUGGCCCGUAGCCCUGUGGCUCCCGCUCGGGGUCCCCUUGCUGCUGGCUUGGGUCCCCUGGUCCCCGGCAAGGUGGCUGCCACCAGCGUCAUCACGAUAGUAAAGUCCAAGACGGAUGCCCGGUCAUAGGGACUCGUGUAGUUGCCAGGCGGGUCUUUGAGGGGCCGCUAGGCGCAUGGCAAAGUUGGCAGCCCUGCCCCUCUUCCUCCCCUCCCUUCCUGGUCUUCUCUUCCUUUCCCUCUUUCUCCUUAUCCCUUCCCUGCAAAGCACAACCUUCACCCCAGGGGCGCCGGGCUGAGCCCCUUUGACUUCGUCCUUGUCAUCGUGUGUGUUGUACAUUGGGAUCGGUCAGUUCGAUGGUGAUGUUGGGUCGCCCCUAGCCCCUUUGUACCAAGGCAUGUGGCUAGGAGUCCAGCGUGGGCACUGCGGGAGGGGACAAGAGCGAGUGGGCGACUGCCCCUGGGCCUCAGGCCAGCCUCUUCCUCAAUGGCCCGCAGGCCCUGCUGGCCGCCAGCUUGGAAGAGGACUCAAGGGCUAGAGCUCUCCUCAGACCCGGGUGGGGCAGCCCGCCUUGGCCCAGCUCUGAGGAGUGGGGGUUCUUGAGGGCCGUGGGUGGGCGGGCCACCAGCCGGGGCCCUGCAGGCGCUGGGCCGGAGCCCUGGUGCUCGAGCCGGAGGUGGUGCACUGAACAAAGCCCCAUUGCUGGUGGCGAGUGCGCAGAGGGCGUGUCAGUGUCCUGCCGUGGGUUCCGUGUCACUGUUUACAUGACCUGUUUGUGUGGUUAUAGAGCCCUUUAUUUAAGAGAGAAGUUCCUUUUAUGAAGUUAUUAAAUUAUAUGUUUAAGAACUAAAGAGAAAGAAAGAGCUGCAGAGUAUUUAUAAAAUUGUCUUUAAAAAAAAACAAGAACGUUUGACUGUAAAAAAUGGAAAAGGGAAGAAAGUAUAAGAGAGACUUUUACUAGUUUAAAAAACACAAAAAUUCCUUUCUUGUAAACUUACAGACAACUCUUUGUGGCUAUUGUUGGAGUUUAGUUUUUAUAUACACAGAGUUAUCAGACAUUAUUUAUAAAACUUAGUUUAAAAAAAGAAAAAAAAAAAAGCCAAGCCGACCGGAGGCCGUCUUCUUUGAUAUCUCUUUUGCAAUUGUACCGAAAGUGACUUACUCCUUUGCCCUUCUGCUUCCGUCUCUUGCCGGUGCCGUGGUGGUGUCGUCCGUGCCUGGUGAGGUUUUGUGCAGCCGUAAAGUGCUGGUGCUUCUGGUGACCUUUGACCUGUGGCUGUCCCUUCUUGUGCAUUCUCUGUGUUUGUUUUUGGACCUGGUUGUGAUUCUGCCUCUGCUGGCUUGCUGGGCCUGGGCUGCGCCGGGGCCCCAGGCAGUCCUUGCUUGGUGGGAGCCUGGGGGUCUGUGCCCACCGGCCCAGCCUCUGCUGCCCGCUGCUCUGCAUUCCCGUUCUCGCUGAGCCUUGGCUUCCUGUGUAUGUCUGGGGCUUGGGCUGAUCCUGAGACAGAGUAGGUAAAAUUGAGGGGCCACCUGGAGUCCCCAUGCUGCUUCCACACCCACCACCCCGGCCUCGGGGGUGGCAUUGCAGGGACCAAGGCAUCACUGUGGGUGCCCACAGGGCUGUGGCCAAGCUGUCCCUGGCUGUCUUCCUUUUGGCCUCAGCUUUGUUCCUACGCUGCAUGUGGGGCCUCCCUCAGCUGGGACACCCCGGGGGGGGGCCCUCUUUGUAGGUUCUGAGUCCCACCCCUACUUCCCCUACUUUCCCCUGAUCUGACUCCUUGCUGUGGAGCUGCAUCCCCGGCAGAAGAGUCAGGGGCUCUGCCUGGGGCAACCCAUUCUUCCUUGCCCGCCCCACUGUGAGGGCCUGGGGGAGCCCCCCCCCCCCAGUGCCAGACAAGGGCUUUUAACUCCAGGGCUGGGUCUGUGUCAGCAGCUCUCCCCUUGGGAUCUGUGUCUUCCAGAGACCCUCUGCUCCACCUGGAGGUGCUGCUCUGUAGGGCCCAACCACCAAUAGGCUGGCUCUGAUAGCUCUUCAUGGACACAUGACUGGGGUGGUACCCCUAUCCCGCCCUUAAGGCGCUGAAGCCCGUCUGGCCACACGGCCCUGGGCCUCUUACUAUUGUUGCUGGUAUCUUCUCUGGGGGCCCUGGAUCCGUGAAAAGCACAGAGAUUGCUGGUGAGAGGAAAGGCGGUGGUGGCCUGAUCCACUUUCGGCUGGUGUUCGCCAGCUUUGGUUCAGCUUGCAGUGCUGUGGGAUCAGAGCAUCUGCCAGCCCUGGCAUCUUGAUGGGUUCCUUUGGCUCUAGGUGCUCAGAUACUCCUACUGGUACCGGAGGCCACUGUGGAUGGAAAGAAGUGACUGUUGCCUAAAUCACCUGGUGACCUUUUCCUUUCAUACCUCUGGUUCCUGUGUGUACCUAAAAGGGGCGGGGUCUUGCAAGGGCUGGCAGUGCAUCCUUGAGCAUUGUUGAGCAGGCGCGGUGUCGAGGUGGUGCGGGAAAGGGGCUGUGGAGGUGGAGGUUGCAGUUUCACAGAAGUCCAUGGAGUUGGUGAGACCUUGUUUUCAUGGUUUUGGGGUCUGAGGAGUAUUCCUGUCAUACCAGCCCUGCAGGUCCAUUCCACUCUUCUCCCUUCACCUUGACUUCUGGACAGUAGAUCCUGGCCACUGCGACUGUUGCCUGUCUUUCUGAUACGCGUUGAUUCUGUUUCCCUGCUGUGAGAGUGUUGUGUUCUUUCUUCUCGUGACUUUACUGACACAGUGGAUCGAGGGCUGUGCCUGAAGUCAGGUCUCCCAAACUUGUCCGCUAAGUGUGUAACUUCCCUCCCAACUUGACUUUUUUUACUCCACCUUUCUUGGUCUCAUGUGGGCUCUCGGAUAUCAGAGAAAGGCCGGGUGGGGACAGGUUAGCUGUUGAUCAGAGUGUGGUGUCAGGGAGCGUUUGCUGUGUUCCUGCUGUUGCUGUGGGGUCGUGCACCGCUGCCAGUGCCGGAGCCCUGCGGCUGCCGCGUCCCCUGCCCGGCUUGGGCCCGCGUUUCAGGAGGUGGUCGGGGGCUGGGUCUGCAUCCCGGGCAGCUCCAGCCUGCGUGGUGGCCCUGAGGCGUGGCGGUCCUGGCUGCCCUCCUCGGGAGUGAAGCCGCCCCGUGGCCGAAGCCCGCAUCCCACAGCUGGGAAGCCUGGGCCACAGCCCUGCUGCACAGUUUCCGCUGUGGACGCUCGAAUUACUUUUUUAGGCUGUGGUCUGGUGAAAGGAACCAACAUGUUAACGACUUUUCCCCCAGAAGCCAUUGAAUCAUUAUUUUUGGCAUCUUUUCACCUUCCUGUUGGCUGUCUGGUUCUGGAACAGUUGUGGAGCUUGGUGGAUGUAAUCAGUGCUACCCAGGGGCAGUGUGUGCGUAGCAGAGCCGGCUGCCACGUGCCCCCCCCCCCCCCAGCAACAGCAACAUUGGUUCUGUGGGCGUGGCGCACGUCUGAGGUGGAGGGGUCGAGUGUCCCCCUUGUGCUGGAGGCCCUCCCUGCCCUCAGUGGCCCCUCCAGCGACCUCGUGUGCCAGGCCUGCCCUGCCCCCACCCCCUCUGCUCGUCCCCGAAGCCUUCUGGGAAUUUAGGGCAACAGGACAAAGUCUGUCGAGGGUCCGGCCUGGUCGGUCUGCCGGCUCAGAGUUGUGUCCGAGCGGAGUGGAUCAGCCCUCGCCGGCCCCGCGAGGGCUGUAGCCGGGGGCUCCUCAGAUGGACGCGGAGGGGGGCCGGCCGCGGUCGGGGCGCCCCGCGCAGUAUUUAUUGCUAAGUUAUUGUUGAGGAGGGGCGGGCUCGGGCCUGGCUCCCCGGGUAUUUAUUGCUGUACAUAGUGUACGUUUGUGAUAUAUAAGGUUUUCUUUAUUUUGUAUAUGAUCAAUAAACGCCUUUUAAAGAGA